AUGAGAUAUCAUUUGAGGGAGGUAGAAGGCAGCUCUAAUGCACACGAAGUGAACGGUAUGGUGGUGGACAUAGUCUGUAUCCUGCCGAUGAUUGGAACUAGCCAGAGAACUCUCCUCUGGUAAGUAGUGGAACCUACCAACCCUAGGGAGAGGAAGCGAAGGUGACAAGGGUUGGUCAGGUGGCUCCCCAUGCCGCAGGCGGGAAACACCUCUUCGGUCGGCUUGGGGACGAAAUUUUGCAGGGAUAUAGGGCCUUAUAAACUACACGAUAUGACACAAACUGUGCCUUCCUAAGUAAUUUAGAACUAAAGUUAUAAAAUAAAAACCUGUUAGGGUUUUUUAUUUAUUUACUCUCUAUAGACGCCUUAAAUCAAAAAGUUAUUUAUACCGCCUUGAAGAGUGAUAAUUCAGCUUUCCAAUUGUUGUAGAAACAUUGAAUUAGGAAGAAAUCCUGAGGAGUUAUGAAUGUUUUAGUUAACGGCAGGUAACAUCAUAAUGAAAAGUGAAGUCAAUUUCAAGAUUUCAGCACAGCUCUUCUAUACUAUAUAUUAUUACUAAAAGGUGUUUUUUUGUAGGUACGCCAUAACCUCGUCAAUUCUUCAUCAAAUCCAAUGAUUGACCGCUCAUUCUGAAGAUAUUCUUCUCCUUCACAUGCGAAAAAUAGUCCCAUCCCACCCAAAUUUCUGGGAAAAAAAAAGCUUUAUUUACGAAUAACUCAAAAAGUAUGGAUUUUUUCUUUGAACCCGUGAUAGAAAGAUUACUAAAUUACCUACAAAACCAAAAAAAAUAAAAUAAAAAUAAUCGUAAAAAUCGGUUAAUUAUUAACAAACAUACAGUCCAUUAGUUUUCGUAUACUUAAUAAUGUUAAUUGCAUUUAGGAGUAGAAUAGGCUACUACAUUCUUUUUCUGGCUUCUAUAUUAGCUUUAUUAUUAAUUAAAGGCAUUUGGUUGUUCUGACAUUUUAUUUUUUUAAUAAUUUAGAAUAUCCUACGAUCGGGGCAUUAUUUUGUCUUUAUUACUUUUAUUAUCUUUCCAUUCAGCGUUAAAAAAUAGAUCCUAGCAAAGAAAUUUGUACAAAUAUUUUGGCCCGUUAUGUUUAAUGGAAUAUUGUAAUCCACUAAGGAAAAAAUAUUAAUUCCUUACUUACAUAAUACAUAGGAACUACUUAUUUCCAUAUUGGCUUCCUAUUUCUCCACUAAACCAAAUUAUCUGCGAAUUUUUCGCACGGGCCAACUAGUUUAAUUUAUAUAAAAUGAUUUUAAAUUGUAUUAAAAAAUUUAUAUAAAUUUUAAAUUAAUAUUUUUAUCUAAUAAAAAGGAGAAAAAAGAAUACAUAGGUAUUGACCUAGGUACUUUUACAUUCAGAUUUCAGAAUCCUAGCCACUAGACUAUAGACACAUAGAUAUUCAUACAUGAAUUAAUAUUCAAGUUCAAGUUAGCCUCAAUAGGAGGUUUUAAAAUUUAAGAAAAUAAUGUUUUUUAUUCCUAGUUAUUGAAACUGGAGACCCGUGGGGUCAUGAAAUGUAUUUCAAAGGAACGCCACACACCUUAAAUGUUCACAAUUAAAAUUAAAAUAGAACCUCCACCCGGCCUGUCAUAUUACGUGUUUCAAAGUCAAUGUUGCAGCUGACGAGGGUCUUCUUGUAGGAUAACCAUGUCCCAGAUGCGGGAAGUCAUCUUCACAGCCUGGGAUAAUGAAACCAAUGAGUUUUCCAGGAACAAUUGUGACGGAACGGAGAACGUCAUGAAGUCGGUUCUAUACUCAUUGCUUCCAGCAGCCAUACUGGACUUGCAAUGUUUUCUUUUUGCCUUCCGUAUUAAUUGAUACGACGAUAGGCGGGCUGACCCAGAAGUGGCCGAAAACAUCGUCGCUGGGAAGUCUUUGUAGUGAAAGAAAUAUUUAAUGUUGUAUAAAUGCAUACUAAUAAGAGGGUUUGCCGCAUAAUAAUAGAGAAACAAAACUGAAUAAAAUAAAUAAUCCAUGUGACAUUUGUUAUAAAAUAAAAUUAACCCUUAUAUAUUGACAUUGUGAAAAUAAACAAAAAAUAAUCACUUGUUGCCCUCAACAAGCCUAAUUUGAAUGGACUAUUAUGUUUGUCUAUGAAUAUAGGUUUUUAAAUGCAAUUUUGUGAAUUUGGAGUAUUUAAAAUAUAUUUUUUUAAAUAUUUGUGUCUCAUCAGCUAAACAAUAGAAUUAUUACAAAGAAGGUAUUCCCAAUAUAUAAAGAAGGUAUCUCAAUAUUCCUUAUUGUACACAGGCAAUAUUCCUAAUUAGUUGACUCACUAGCCCCAUUAAUGUGUAUCAACACCUUAGUUAAUAACAAGAGUAAUUAUCAAAUUAAUAACAUUUGAUUGCAUUAACAAUUAGCUGUAAACUUUAACUAAAAUUUGUUUUUCUAGUUUUUGGUGACCUGAGGAUUUAAUAACUCUAAGUAAACACUAUUAAACAUUUUAAUAAAAUUAUAUCAACAUACUUUUAUAAUAAUAAUAAUAAUAAUAAUAAUAGACAUGAAGAUGUUGCAAAAAUUUAUCAUCAGGCGAUUGGUCUAAAAAGAAAGUUAGUGAAUGAUUCAAUACCUUAUUAUAAGUACAACCCUAAAGAACUUAUCCAAAAGGAAGGAAUGAAAUUGUAUUGGAAUCAAUCUUUUAUAAUAGACCAUAAUGUGAUCCAUAACAGCCCUGAUAUCAUGUUGAUCGACAGUAUUAUGAAGACAGCUGAGAUAAUAGAUAUCGCUGACCAAAUGAUGGGAACACCAACUCAGUCUGCACCAAAAAAAUUUGGAAAUAACAAACUCUUGCAGCCGACUUAAAAGAUCUGUACAGACUGAACAAAGUGACAGAAAGGGCUUUAGUGAUCUCUAGCAAUGGGCUGAUUCCAAAAUCUUCUGUAGAAGCUACCGAGAAGUUGGGCCUCUCAACAGCUACGAUAAAUGAAGCCCAGAAAAUUGUGCUGCUGAACACUGCAAGAAUCGUAAGGAGCUUUCUAAAUAUCCAAUAAAACUACAAAAAUUAACGUGAAGUGGUUGAAGUUAAUUUUUCCCCACUCCAGGAAAAUACCUUCUUUUUUUUAAGUGAUAAAUAAUAAAAAUAAAAAUGCUAAUAAUGCUAUUUAUUAUUAUUAUUGUACCAUGUUUCUAACAAAUUUGUUAUGGGUAACACUUUUGUUACAAAUAUGAAUAAAAGUAAUGUUAAUAACACUUCAAUAUUAAUUGGUGUAAAUCCACCUUUAGGCACUCAGAAAGAGAAAACAAUUAGAUUUAAAAUCCACUAAUAAUAUUCCAUUAAAUGCACUCAACUCUUUACAAGUGCCAUAGAUAUGUUAGAAGUGCCAAAGGAAACAAAAAUUUAACAAGCUGUAUAAUAGAACUUUAAUACUUCACCAGGCUUAGAACAAUAAAGCAAAAAAAAAAAGAUAUAAAUAUUACAUACUUGUAUAAAUAAAUAGAUUUAUCCAACAAUAAAAAUUUUUAUAUCAUUUAAAUAAUACAACACAAAAACUACUCAGUGUUUUCCUCAUUAAAAUAAUGUAAACUAAAAGUAAGUAAUAAAUAUCCUCAAAAAUAAGGCACACUUAAUAAAAUAUUUUGAUAUUUACAAAUAAAAAUUAUAAAUACAGAAAUAUUACUUCAAAAUAUCAUGUCAUGUGACAUAGGCAGUGAGUUUCCCUGAUCAGUUUUGAAAUCAAAUAUACAAAAUAACUUACAACUAGCCAGCAAUACAAUUCGAGGUAGUGGUAAUGAUAUAUACUGACUUUACAUCACUGGUAAUUCUAACAAUUAUAAACUAAUAACAUAUAGAGAAAAGUUUACGAAAAAAUACAAAUAUAACAAUACAAAUAAUGAAAUUUCAUAGUAUCAAUUAUACAAACAAUUAAAAGACUAAUAGAAAAUAUGGAAUGAUAAAUAAGAAUAACUGAUUUGACUUUUUAAUUUUUUUAAUUGACCAAUAUGACAGUAAUAAAUAGUUAAUAAUAGUAUAAAUAUAAUUUAAAAUUCUAAUUCUAAUUUUAAAGUGUAAACUGAGGAUUUUAAAUGAGAUUUAGACAAAGGAAUACAGAAAAGAUAUUUAACUAUUAUUAAAAAUAAAAUAUUUUUAAUUUCAUAAAACAAAUAUUUUAACAUUAAUUGUCUAAAUAAUGAAAAUGAGAUUUUGCAUUACGAAUAAUUGCUAAAUAAUUUAAAAAGCUCUUUUAUUGGUCUGUAAUAAUUACUGUAGAUAUGUUAGCAUAAUCUACAAAUUAUAUUUAACAAAACUUUUACAGCUUACUCUCAAUAAUUUGCUGCUUAUUUUAUAGUUAUGGUUCGAAACAUUAUUGAUCAAAGAGCAUUCCUUACAUAUUUUUCUCCAAUGAACUCCAUUGAAUUUGAAUCCCAGACCUACAACAUCCUCCAUAUACACCUUGAUCAACCUAUUUAUAAAAGAGGCCUUCUCAGAUAUUUGUUAUACUUUUAACUUUAUAUAGAUAGGUUUUAAAUAUAUAUAUAUUUUUUUUAAGUUUUGGUAUCUCUGGAAUUCUUAUUGUCGAUAGUUUUCAGUUCUUUUGGAGCUAGAACUUUUUCCCUUGUAACUUUUCAAGUAAAGGUAUUCCAUAACUUUUAUUUAAAAUUUCAUUUUUCAUUAAUUCAAGACUACUUUCCACAAAAUAUCAUCUUUUAUAAUAACAUUUUUGAAGUUUCAGCCAAGUCAUUAGACCAGUCCUCUAACGCCAUAUCCAUAUUCAUUAUCCUUUUUUAUUUAUUAUAAUUUAUAUGAUUAGAAGUAUAGUUUAUUUAAUACAAAUUAUAAAUCUAAUUCCUAACACUAAACCCAAUCAAUGUUUAUUUUUCAUUUAACAGGCUUUUUUAAAAGAACAUCAAGAAAUACAAGUCAAACUUUUACCAUAAAUUUGCAACUUUAUAUUAAAAAAAAGUUCUUUAUAAGAACUUUAUUAGAAAUUUUCUAACGAGUUUCACAGAAAUCAUUAAAAUGGAACUUAUUAAAAACAUUCCAUAAAAAUUUUAACCCCCUGCUUUAUUUAGCGAUUUCUUCUUCCUCAAACCCUACCACCUUACAUGCUUAUCUUAAUCAGUUAAAUUUACCUUUUAACAAAUCCAAGGCCUUUAACACAACAAGCUACUUUUUAUCAACGUAAAUAUCAAUUACAUUUAGCAAGUGCAGAUCUUGUUGAUACAAAUAAAAUUGAGACAUAUUUCUCAAGGCAAUUUUAUUCAAUGCUUUUAGAACAUUAUAUACAUUGAUUUUUCUUAAUAUAAGAAGCUAAUCUUCACAUAUAAAAAAAAAAUAGAAAAUUUUACGAUAUGAAUAUAAGAGCAACUCAGAAAUGGUAGUUUUGGUAGUAGAUAAUUUCUUGAUUGUAAUUUCCCAAAAUUUGAAUUGUCGGUUAAUUUUUCACUUAAUGUGUAACUAGACCACAAAUGUUUAAAUAAUUUCAAUUGAGAUGUUUACAAAAAAUAAUUUUUGAGGUUUUCUUUCUUUCCGGUUGUGUUUAAGGGCUAGCUAUUUAAGGGAUAGGGUAGAGAAAUUAAAAAUCUAUCAAGUUGAUGGGCUAUACUCAUUUUUUGAUCUAUUUUUCAAUUUAAUUUUUAAAAUGAAACUAACUUGUUAUUAAAAGAUUAAAUUUACCAAUAAAGGUCUUCAAAAACCUACAAUAAAAAUUAGCUGCUUUUAUAAAUGUUAAGUAAGUGAAUUUGUAGUAAGUCCUAAAAUUUCCCAACAUAGGCAAUAAUACAAUUAAAUUGAAUUUUUCAGGAAAAGCAUAAAUUUAAGUUUUAAAGGUUUGGAGUAGAGACUUGUUCUGUGAACACUGUUAAUAAACAAAUCUUAAGAGUAAAGAUUGAUUGAUCAUGCUAUGUUUUAUGUUGAGUUCUUUAAAUGAAUAUUUUACGAUAUGAUAAGUUUGUUGCAUUGUCUUCAAUAAUAUAAAAUGUCACAUGUGUUGUUUUUGUAAUAAACAAUUCAAUUAAAAACUAUUGGAGCUUUUGAACCUAUAAUGUCAUGUGAAUAUUUUUUAAUUUUUUUUUUCAAAAUUAAAAAUACAAAAAAACAAAAUUGACAAGAAACUGUCAACUACAAACAUUAAUUAUUUACUAAAUUAUUUUAUAAUUUAGAUAUAGGGAUAAAUUUUCUCUAAAAAUAGGUAGUAUAUAAUGAACCAAAUUAUUAAAAAAAUUAACCUUUCCAUAGAUUUAUAAAACUAGUCAUAGCAAAUGAGUAAGUUUAAAACUAAUAAAAUAUUUAAGAAUAUAGAUAAUAAUCUUGUCUGUAAUCUAAGAAAUAAUAUUCUUUCCUGACAGCUUUAUAUAUUUUCUAUCUUUUUUAAAUUAAAAAAAAAAAUAUCUGGUGUGUCCACUCACACGACUUUCCUACCUAUUUCAGAAAAGUUUUUAUAUCUUUACAUAUGUUCAUGAAGAAACAAAAAAGAAUUGAACUUGAUACAUUUUCCUGAAAAUUGAUCAAACAUAAGAUUUGAGUACGAUUUAUUUGAUAAACUAAAGCAAUGUAAACCGGCUUAAGGUAGGUAAUUUCUGUUAAAAGUAGAGGAAAUACUGAAGAUUGUGUAAUGAGGGCAACAGGUUUUCUUACUUUCACUUAGUCAUCUUUAUUCUCUCAUUCCCCCUUUCUGACACCAGGAUAUGAAACCGUAAUCUUACAUUGGAAAUUGAAUAGCUGUAACUUCGUUAAUAGUUGUCCCAAAUGAACGAUUUUUAUAUAGCUUUGUAGGGAAUUUCACUACUUUUAAAAGUUUUAUUAUAAAUUUUACCGUAUAAUAUAUACUUAGAGAGUUAGGCCCCAUAACAUUUUACUUUUCUUUAUAACUUUUUUUCCUGAUUUUUUUCGGGAAUUUAGUGUAUAUUCGAAAAUUGAAAGAACAAUGAAUAGAACAUUAUAGAAAAGUUUCAUCAAAAUCGUUAGAGCUGUUUUUGCACUGCAGUCUAUAGAAAAACAUGUUUUUCAUUUAUUGCGUGCAAGCUAUUGCGCAUGGAGCACCGAAUUUCUAUCACAGGCAUCUGUAGUCAAAACCCUACAAAAUAAAAAAAGAAGCAACAAAAUCGGUUAAGUAGUUUCCGAGAAAAUCUUGGCACAGACAGACAGACCAAUGGCUAAAAAUGUGUUUUUCGGACUCAGAGGGCUCUAAAACAUAUAGAUCUGUUGAGAACCGCAUGUCGGAAAUUCGACCUGAUUGCAAUACUUUCCUUACCUAAUAUAGGUAGGAAAGUAAAAAGACCAAUUUAAAAAAUAAAACUCAUCGCACUAUGACAUUUAAAGAAAAUUAAUGAUGAUAUAGUAUCAUUUCAAAACAAGCAUAUCUUAUAUUAAUAAAUAAAAAAUAAAUAAACUUUCUGAAAGUAGUUAAUGUUUAACAAAAGACCAUCAAGCUUUGGAUUUUUAUUUAAAUAAUUUUUUAUUCAUUAUAUUUUAGAGAUUUAACACUUCAGGCACUAAUUGAGCAUUCAAUAAUUAACAGAGUAUUGAAGAAGUAUCACAGUUAUAUAUCAUAUAUUUAAAGAAUCAAAAAUAGCAAGAGCUAGAUUGAAAUUUUUAACUAUACUAAUUUUGUACUGUUAUAAUUUAAAUAAUCUGUAUCAGUAGCGAGCAUUUCCUUAAAUAAAAAUUGUUCAAUUAAAAAAUAAAAUUAAAGCAAAAGCAACAUUGUUUGUGCUUACAUGAAAAAUAUUCAAAGUAUAUAAUUUAUAUAUUCAUUUAUCAAUAUUAUGAACAAUUAACGUACAGAAUAAUAAAUAUUGGAUUAUAUAUACAAAUUACAAAUAAGAGUAUUUAGUGCUAUUAUGGCACCUUUCACUAAGAUCUAAUUCCCUGACUUAAAAAGAAAUUUACACUUUUAACUCAAUAUAUUAUAGGUACAAAUAUAGAUGAAUAUUUACAACAAUAAUGCUGAAUCAUAUUUGAUUCAUUAAUAGAUAUAUACCUUUUUUUAAGGCAAUGGUUACAUAAAUAAAUAAAUUCAAUAAUAUAUUUCAUUAAAUUCAAAUUAUUGUAACUUGAAAGUACGUAUUCAUUUUGAUUUUUAAGUGGCACAUGAAUAUAAAACUAAACAUUGGUCUUUAAUUACUUUACUAAUAUUAUAUUUAUAAAUUGGUUCAUAAAUAGGACUAUUCUAAAUAUGGCAUAAAGUUACUAGACAUAAUUUUUACUUAUUUUGAAUUUAUUAAAAUAUAUAUUAAAUAAGGCACAAAUUUAACAAUAGGCACAUAACAUUAUGAUUGUCUUUUUUGAUAGCAUCAUUUGAUUAUUUUUGUACUUUAGACUCAAAAUAUGUCACUAAAACUCAACAAAAAUAACACAGCAAAAAUUAAUGUUGAGAUACACUUUAAAAUAUAAUCAUAGGCCAUUAUUAAAAAUACUUAACAUUACUUUGGACCCAAAAAAUGAGCAUUUAUGAAAUGAGUAUUUCUUUUAAGCAUUAUCUUUAAAAUAAUACUUAUCAGGAAAAGUGAUGAGAAUUAAUAGAUACUAUCUUACAUUUUACUUAUUAUCUUAAUUAAUUAUCUUCAUACUUCAUAAUAAAUUAACAACACAUACAUAUUACGACAAUAAACAGCCAUAAAUAUGGAGAUUUUCAUUCAUUCUAGCAAUAAUAAAUGUAUCUUAUGGCACCAAAAAGUUAUAACCUAAGUAUAAUUUGCAGUAUUUGUGUUUCAAUAAGUGUAAAUAUUUAACAGAUAAAUUUGUAACUGUUUUCAAAACUUUAUAAACCUUCAUUUUUUAGCAGGUAUACAAAUAAAUAAAUUUAAAAAAAAAUGUCACCAUUCUCUAAUUAAAGAUUAAUGGCUUACCUAUAUUUUAGGUAAAUAGUUCGGAAUACUUCAAACCAAUAGAUAACAAUACAAAAAAUAGCAAUGACAGAAAGUAAAUUCCAUUAUCAGCUCUUUUGAGAAUAUAUAUAAUGUACUUUUCUCAUCUAUAGUAAAAAAUUAUAACUAAAAGAAAAUAAUUUUCAUUAAGGUAAAUUGUUUUAAAAAUAUAUAUUAAUAAAAAAUAAAAGAAUUUAUGAUCAAUAUAUCUGGACUAGCAUGUGUUUUUGAUAUUAAAGUUAUCAAGAAAUUAUUUAACAAUUUUGUAUAUAUAUAUAUAUAUAGUUACAUACAAAUGCGUAACAAUAUACAACUCCAUAUAAAAGGUUGUUCAUUGAUAAGUUUGUGUUGCUAAAAAAUAACUUAAGAAAAAACUAAGGAAGUAUUUCACUGCCUUUUUUUAAUGCUUGCUCGCGUAAUUCAAGCAUGUCCAACUUUUCUCUAUGCAUCCGUUCAAUAUGCCUAGCAACAUGCAUUUUUUGUUUUGCUCUGUAGUUACAAUAAGGGCAUUUAAAUUGCGGUUCUUUUCCACAUUCCCAUUUUUGGUGAUUUCUUAAUGAUGAUUUAAGUUUAUAGUGGCGUCCACAUUUUGUACACUCAACACCAUCAUUUCCAU